AAAUCUGAGCAAUAUUUCUAUUGGUAGGCGGGCAGCUCGCGAAGGGAACAAUCGGGUUGACUUUGACAGGGAGCCACCUCAAACCGAAUCAGGUUACUUUGAGUGACAGCGUAACCAUGGCAAAUAAUUUGACUAAGGCUAUUGUCUUAUCCUCACUAUCCCCGGGUCAGAUAACCGACCAAUCACAGUUCAUAUAAUCGCUGGACUAGCCUGCUUAGAAUAAUAUUAUUAAAAGGAGCCAGCGAGCCCCGUCUGAAGGUAAUGUUGAAGCGGCAAAGAAAAGGUGGAAGGGGACGGUGAAGGAACUUUCUGCCUAACUUUAAGGGGAGCUGCCGCGCGCGCGGGGUGCCGCAUGGCUGAGCGGACUCGACUGAUCCACAGUGCGCAGUUGGAUAUUCUGUGACAUUUUGAACUCUUUUGGUGACUCUUUUUAUCGCGUAUGGACUGUUUUGAUUAAUGUGAGACUGAGCGGAAAAGACGCGGAGAAUCUGAUCUGUGUCCCUCACGUUGUCACCAUGUCGAUGUUGCCGACGUUUGGUUUUACGCAGGAACAAGUGGCGUGUGUGUGCGAGGUCCUCCAGCAAGGGGGGAACAUCGAGCGGCUCGGACGCUUCCUGUGGUCCUUGCCAGCCUGCGAACACCUCCAUAAAAACGAGAGCGUCCUCAAAGCAAAAGCCGUGGUCGCCUUCCACCGAGGGAACUUCCGAGAGCUCUACAAGAUCCUGGAGAGUCACCAGUUUUCUCCGAAUAAUCAUCCAAAGCUGCAGCAGCUGUGGCUCAAAGCGCACUACAUCGAGGCGGAGAAACUGAGAGGGCGCCCGCUCGGCGCUGUGGGGAAGUAUCGCGUCCGGAGAAAGUUCCCCCUGCCGCGAUCCAUCUGGGACGGAGAAGAGACGAGUUACUGCUUCAAGGAGAAGAGCAGGAGCGUCCUGCGGGAGUGGUACACUCACAAUCCUUAUCCAUCCCCGCGGGAGAAACGAGAGCUGGCCGAGGCCACGGGACUCACCACCACGCAGGUCAGCAACUGGUUCAAAAACCGACGGCAGCGAGACCGAGCGGCGGAGGCGAAAGAAAGAGAAAACAACGAGAACUCCAACACCAGCAGUCACAACCCUCUGACUUCUUCCAUGAAUGGAAAUAAAACUUUAUUGGGGAGCUCAGACGACGACAAAACGCCCUCUGGGACUCCGGAUCACACGUCCCCGAGCCCGGCUCUGCUCCUUGGCGCAAACUCCGGUUUACCGUCCCUGCACGGCCUUGCGCCUCCGCCGGGACCCAGCGCCAUCCCGGUACCCAGCGGCGCAGACUCGGUGCACCACCACCACGCACUGCACCACGACACCAUACUGAACCCUAUGUCCUCUAAUCUGGUGGACCUUGGCUCUUAGAAGCGGGCACAGGGGAGGAGGACACGGAGCUCCGCUUUUGGGAAUUCAAGAGGAGGCGCGUGAGAUUCAAGCACUUGGAACACUGCGGAAACAGCCACCGUAAAAAAAAGAAAAAGAAAAAAAGCGUCACAUUCAAAAUUAAAGUCUUUUGAAAAGUUGUAAAAAAAAAAAAACCUGCAAGUGCGCAAUAAUUUAUCUCCAAAUUAAUCCUCGAUUUAUUGCAUAAGAGAACACCAUAAGAAAAUACGGGGAAAAUAUUGAUUUACAGUUAAAACUGAGAUAUUUUCUGUUUGAUUUACAAGAAAAAUCACAAGAUUUCACUCAUGUGACGUCUUAAGGCGUAUAUUUUUGCAGUGGUGACUGAGACACAAGGUGAGGCGACUUUUAGGUAAAAAUAAAGGAAAGUAUUUUACCGGAAUGUAAUAAAAGUAACAUGUUAUAUUGUUGAAAACAAUAACAAUAAAAUGUCUUAAUUCUUGUUACCAUUACCGUUGUCAUUUUAGGGGGUUUAGAUAUCAACAGACUCGAGAUACCCCACGACAUUUUUGUUUACCUAUUUUUAUUUUUUUAAGAGGGGUUAUGAUAAUCUCAAGUGUUUUAUAUAACAACAGCCAUAAUAAAAUGAAAUAUAAUCUCUUUAUUAUUUGCAUUUGGAAAGAGACUGCAUGUAAACUUUGCGAUAAAUGAUGAAACAUAAAACGAUUCCCCUAUAGUUUCAUAUACCCUUUACAAUAAAAGAAAAGAAAA